AGAAAAAAUGAUUGGUAAAACUCACAAGUGCUUUAUUAACCACUCAUUUUUCUCUGCAAUGGCUAUUCAAAAUAAUGAAUUCAAUUAUUUAGAAGUGAUGAAAGGUUUAGUGUUACUCAUGUGCAGGGGCGGACUGACAACUCAUGGGGCCCCCGGGCAAUAAGGGAUCAUGGGGCCCCUGUGUCCUCGCCCACACUUAAACCGCACCCAAAAAAAAGCCUAUGAAAGGUACCAGGGCAUCUCAUGGGGCCCCCUACUGACUCUGGGCCCUCGGGCAGUGCCUGAGUGCCCAAAUG